AUGUCUCUUCCCACCACCACCCCUGCCUGGCUUGUGAAGGACAGCGAUGUAGGCGAGUUCCCCAACCUUGAACUCGUACAGGAUGUCCCUAUUCCCUCGCUUGGGAGCCAUGAUGUCCUCGUGCGGAUUGAAGCCGUCUCGUUGAACUACCGAGAUCUGAUGAUCGCCCAGGGCACAUACCCCUUCGGUUUAAAGAAACAACUUGUCCCCUGCUCGGACGGCGCAGGCAUCGUCGUCGCCUUGGGAUCCGAGACAACGCAAUUCUCUGUGGGUGAUAGAGUGUGCACACUCUUCAACACUUAUCAUCAGACCAACCCCUUGACCCCACAAGCGCUCAAAGCCACGUCGGGUAGCUCUGCCGAUGGUACUCUCCGCAAAUAUGCCGUGUUCCCUGACUUUGGUCUAAUCUUGGCCCCUCCAUCACUUAAUGCUGUUGAAGCAAGCACUCUCACUGUCGCACCCCUGACUGCAUGGAAUUCAUUUUACGGUUUGCCAUCAAAGACGAUCAAACCUGGCGAUUGGGUCCUGACACAGGGAUCUGGCGGUGUUAGCCUUUCUGCCAUACAACUUGCCGCAGCCGCUGGCGCCACGGUAGUCGCUACAACAUCGUCUGAGGAGAAGGCGAAAACCCUGCGCAAACUCGGGGCUUCUCAUGUCAUCAAUUAUCGACAAACGCCCAACUGGGGUGAGGUUGCGCGAUCCCUAACCCCGUCGGCUGUCGGGUUUGACCAUAUCGUGGAAGUCGGAGGCGGAGAUACACUGAAACAAUCCUUGAAAGCCAUCAAGCUCGAGGGAGUUAUUAGCCUUAUUGGUGCCCUGGAUGGCGGAAGCGAUUUUCCUGGGCUGCCAGAUUUCGUGCCUAGCUUUUCCAUAUUGCGAGGCGUUCUCGUAGGCUCGAAACAACAGUUCGAGGACAUGAAUCUGGCUAUCGAAGCAGCGAAGAUUCGGCCCGUGGUUGAUCCUAAAGAUUUUUUCUUCGACGAUGUUAUCGAAGCGUUUAAGUACCAAAAGGCGUGCAAGCAUUUUGGGAAAGUCGUUGUGCGGUUCUAA